AUGAGCCAAGAGUCAGCAGUGCAGUUAGAAAACAACUCCUAUGAUACAACAAAGACACAUCAUGGUGGGGAGUCUUAUGGGGAUUCUUUGAUCUCUGAUGGGGCAAAAAAACAAGAGGAAAGUGGGCCUAGUGAUACUGCAGAUAGCUUGACGGUUGGGGAUCUACUUCAGCAAUCAAAACCAGAUGAGAUAGGGAUAAAACACAAUCCACCAGAUGGGCAAGCAAUUGACAUAGAAAAGGAAGCAGAAGAGAAUUUAACUGAUAUGAUGCCACAUUCAAUAGGUUUUGUAAUAUGUUCAGAGGGAGCAAGCCAACAACAAAUGAUCCAGCAAGGAAAACAUAGUCCACCAAAUGCUAAGUUGCAAGAAGUAGUGGCCCAUAGAGUUACAGAAAAUGAAGUCCUGCAGGCUAUAGAGGAAGAGCAGCAGCUAGAAGGGGAUCAAGGAAUAGGGAUCAUACAAUGUGAUGUGUUAAUGGACACAGACCAACAAAUUACUUUGAAGUUGUGUCACCAAGAUACUGGCAAAGACAUUAUCGCAACUUUUGUCUAUGCUAAGUGUGAUGAAGGGGAGAGAUUAGAGCUAUGGGACAGUCUUUACCAACUUGCAAGUGACAUGAAUUUUCCCUGGAUGGUUGGGGGGGAUUUCAAUGUAAUAUUGUCUGAGGAAGAAAAACUUGGUGGGCUUCCUGUCGCAUUAUCUGAGUGUGAGGACUUUGCUUUCUGUAUCAACUCUUGUGGGUUAUUGGACAUGAGAUUUAAAGGAAGUCCGUUUACAUGGUGGAAUGGGAGAUCAGCAGAAGAUUGCAUUUUCAAAAGGUUAGACAGAAUAGUGGUUAAUUGGUCAGAUCAUGCCCCUUUGAUUCUAUCAUAUGGAGAAGAAGCUGUUCACUCUAUAAAACCUUUUAGGUUUCUGAAUUUCUGGACUCAGCAUGAAACUUUCAGGGAGGUGGUGGUGCAGAAUUGGAGGACUCCAUAUGCAGAUUCCCCUUUCUUAGCAUUUAAACAAAAGCUCAAAAGCUUAAAAGGUGCUAUUUCUAGGUGGAGUAGGGAAACUUAUGGAGACAUUUUCAAACAGCUAGCAAUCAGAGAGGAAGUGGUGAAAAUAAAGGAAGAUUUAUUUGAAGAGGAACCCAUCAUUGAAAACAGAAUUGUGCUUCAAAAGGCUCAGGCUGAAUUGAAAAAAUACUUAAGCCUAGAAGAACAAUACUGGAAACAAAAGGCAGGAUUUAAUUGGUCUACAGAAGGAGACAGGAAUACUAGUUUUUUCCACAAUUAUAUGAAUGGAAGGAGGAAGAGAUUACAGGUGAGGGGAAAACAUAAUGGAGAAGGAGUAUGGUUAGAAGAGAUGGAGAAUAUCAAGGCAGAAGCAGUAAAUUUCUUUCAAAAUCAAUUUACCCAGGAGGGGGAUGCAUCAGAUUUUGAUAUAUUAAGACAUGUUCCUUCUAUGAUAUCUCAUGAGCAGAAUAUGAUGUUAUGUGCAUAUCCAACAAAAGAAGAAGUCAAGCAGGCAAUUUUUGCUUUAAGUGGGGACAGUGCUGGUGGACCAGAUGGGUUUACAGAUAUGAGACCAAUCAGCUUGUCUAACUUCAUCAAUAAGGUGAUAUCAAGAGUAGUGCAUGGAAGGAUAGAGAGGAUUUUUCCUUCAUUAAUAUCAGCAAAUCAAUCAGGUUUUGUAAAAGGGAGAAGUAUUUUUGAGAACAUUCUCUUAACACAAGAGAUUGUCUCAGAUAUUAGAAUUAGGGGAAAACCUGCAAAUGUUGUGAUAAAACUGGAUAUGGCCAAAGCUUAUGAUAGGGUUUCAUGGAAAUAUCUUUUGCAUGUGUUACGAUCAAUGGGUUUUGCAGAGCAUUUCAUAGGCCUAAUUUGGAGGUUGAUUUCGAAUAAUUGGUAUUCAGUUCUUCUAAAUGGACAGGCAACUGGAUUUUUUCAUUCUACUAGGGGAGUGAAACAGGGUGAUUCCCUAUCACCUACUUUAUUUCUUCUAACAGCAGAGGUUUUGUCCAGGGCUCUAAAUUCACUAUUUGAAGAAUCCAAUUAUAUUGGGUAUGGGAUGCCAAAGUGGUCUUAUCCUUUAAAUCACUUGGCAUAUGCUGAUGAUACAAUUAUUUUCACUUCAGCUCAUCCGGAAUCACUUAAGAGUAUCAUGAGAGUGCUGAAUCAAUAUGAGCAGGCAUCAGGUCAAUUGAUUAAUAAGGAGAAAAGUUCUUACUAUAUGUACUCGAAAGUAGGAAAUACUCUUAUUCAGUCAUUUGCUGAUAAUAUUGGUAUUUCAAGAGGACAGUUUCCUUUUAUAUAUCUGGGGUGCACUAUCUUUCAUUCAAGGAAGAAGAAGGUGUACUAUGCUGAAUUGAUCAAAAAGAUUAAAGGAAGAUUGCAUUCUUGGAAGGGCAAGCUCUUGUCAUUUGGAGGUAAGGUUGUACUAAUUAAAAGUGUUCUCCAAGCAAUGCCUUUGCAUCUACUUUCAGUAUUAGCUCCUCCAAAGUGUGUGUUGAAUGAAAUACACAAGAUAUUUGCUAGAUACUUUUGGAUUAAUAAGGAAGAAGGGAGGAAUAGACAUUGGGUAGCAUGGCAGAAUGUAUGUUUACCUACUCAGGAAGGAGGUUUAGGCUUUAAAUCUUUAUUUGAUAUUUCAAAUGCUCUUUUUGCCAAAUUAUGGUGGAUAUUCAGGACUUCUAAUACAUUGUGGGCAAAUUACAUGUGGAAUAAAUAUUGCAAGAAACAAAUGCCUAUUCUAGUCCAGUGGAAGGGGGGGUCACAGGUGUGGAAGAAAAUGCUAGAAGCAAGAGAAGCUAUAGAACAUGAAAUUUGGUGGGAAAUAAAAGGUGGAACUAUUAAUGUUUGGUAUAAGAACUGGACUAAGCUGGGAGCUUUGCACCAUGUGGUGCCCACUGAUUUUCCUAUUAAUGAAGCACUAGAGGAUGUUGCAGAUCCGAUAGAGGGAGGGAGAUGGAAGGAUCAAAUGUUGCAGCAAAACUUUCCAACAGGUAUAGUGGAUCACAUUAAGUCUGAAAUUCACAUAGAACAGCUUCAAGGUGUAUGGGAUAGACCCUGGUGGAUGCCAACAAGUACAGGAAAGUUUACAAUCAACACUGCUUGGGAUAUUAUGAGGCAUAAGAGUCACAUACAGGAGGACUUCAAACAAUUGUGGAUUAAGGGAGUUCCUUUUAAAAUUUCUUUCUUUCUGUGGAAGUUAUGGAAAUGGAUAAUCCCUACUGAUGAUAAUUUGAUGAGGAUUAAUAUUGUCGUGGUCUCUAGAUGUUACUGUUGCAGAGUUCCUCAACAAGAAACUAUGCAACAUUUAUUUUUAACAAGCAAUUUUGCAGAAGGGGUAUGGAAGGUGUUUUUAGAAGCAGCAGGACUACAUGUAAACAGAGUCCAACUACACCAAACAAUCAGAGCUGUAUGGUCAGUAGCUUGCGGUGACAUGAUCAAACCUAUUGUUCAAGCAAUACCAGCAAUGAUUACAUGGGAACUGUGGAAAAGGAGAAAUACCACAAGACAUGGAGGUAAGGUGAGUUUUAGAAAGGUGGUGCAUGAAGUGAACAAUAAUCUAUACUAUCUUACCAGGAUGAGAUACCCAUCGUUACAAAAUGUACCUUUUCUAUGGCCUGACCUAGUUAAUUGUCUGGAAAGAAUACAACCUCGAAUAAUUACUAAAGUUGUACAUUGGAAGCUUCCAUAUGCUAGGUGGUUUAAGUGUAAUACAAAUGGGGCUUCAAGAGGGAAUCCGGGACCUAGUUCUUAUGGUUUUUGUGUGAGAAAUUGGCAAGGGGACUUGGUAUAUGCUCAGUGUGCUGAAAUAGGGGAUUCUACAAUUGUAGUAGCUGAAGCUAAAGCUAUACUGCAAGGCUUGACCUACUGUGUGGAACAUGAACUCCAUCCAUUAAUUAUGGAAACAGAUUCAUUGCUUUUGAAGAAAGUGGUGGAAGAACAAUGGCAGAUAUUAUGGUGCAUUAUCACUGAAGUGGAGAGAAUUAAGAAGAUGAUGGAAGGAUUGAAUGUGAUAAUACAACACGUCUAUAGGGAGGGGAACAGCCUGGCAGAUUUUUUAGCUAACAUCGCUUUUGAUUUUGCAGCUUCGGCUCAUCCUAUUGAAGAGUUAGCAAUAGCUGAGAAGCAGUAUCCACUGUAUUUCAUAGGUUUUGAUUGUCUACUGGAAAUUAGAAAUCCUAACUGGAUAUCUAUCCUGUUGAUUAAAGAGAAAAUGUUUCUGUCGAAACAUUUUGCAAAGAGGCUCUUUUAUUUAGUAAUUAAAUAA